AUGCGAGUCCACCGAAUUCGAAUUCAGAAGAGCCUGGCAGCAGUUGGAGACUUGGGAAUCCCGGGGCUCCCGAAGUCUUUCUCCAUUCUGCCUCGCAUCCUCCGGCCUCCACGGCCUCCACGGCCUCCACGGCCUCCGGCACCAUUCGUCGAAGUGUCUGUUCAGGACAUCGGCAAAGCGGAGGACCAGGCCGCCAGCAAAGCAAAGUGCGCAGGAAGCUCCAGUCCGACGAACGCGAAGGAAGAAUGGUGGCACCAACAGUUACUGGCACAGCAGCGCGAGUCUGACGAGAGGACGCGGACUCUAAGGGAGAGCACCCUGGCGAGGCUGAAGAGCCCGAGUUCCCAGGAGGCCGAGGCCCAGGAGGCCUCUGCUUCCCAGAGUCCGGCUCCGCCGGCUCCGUCGGCCCAGCAGGGGGAAGCUUUUGUGGGCAAGCGCUGCUUUGCAGUCAUCAUCGUCGGAGGCGGCAGCGCAGGCGCCCACCUGGCCUAUCGCCUCUCCGAGGACCCGAAGCGAACGGUCCUCCUCCUGGAGGCUGGGCGCCAGGACAGCUCCCCGUUCCUGCACGUGCCGGUCUUCUACUUCAAGGCGAUCGGGAGCUCCUUCGACUGGAGGUAUCGGACGGAUGGAGAGACUUCAGGGCUGAACAGCCGAAGCCUGGCCUGGCCCCGCGGGAAGGUCUUGGGAGGCUCCUCCGCUCUGAACGGUUUGCUCUACAUCCGGGGCUUGAAGCACGACUACGAUGCCUGGGCUGCUGCUGGGAACCCGGGUUGGAGCUACGAGGAGCUCCUUCCCCACUUCCGCCGCUGCGAGGAUGCCCCUUUCGAUCAUCCUGACCGGGGCACCGGCGGACCGAUGAGUGUCUGCGAAGGCAGCUACCGCACGGAUCUUGCAGAACGGUGGUCGGAGGCUUGCGCGGAGGUUUGCGGCGUCCCCCGCGUCCGGGACAUGAGCCUCGUGGCAGCGGACCCCGAGUCCCAGGGCGCCGGGGUGGCGUACUUCUCCAACUUCAAGACUCCAGGCGGCUUUCGAUGUUCUAGCGCACUGCCUUUGCAUGAAGUUCGGCACCAGCGAAGCAAUCUCCACAUCCUCUGCAAUGCUGAGGCUGAGAAGUUGAUUCUGGAUGGCUGCCGCGUGGUGGGGAUCCGGGCCAGUUGUGGAAGCCAGGAGCACGUGAUAAGUGCCGGGGAAGUGGCUCUUUGUGCCGGGGCACUGGGCUCUCCCCAGCUGCUCCUGAAGAGCGGCAUCGGAGCACCGAGCAGCUUGGAAAAGGCCAACGUGACCUGCCUUCAUGCCUUGCCCGGCGUCGGCGAGAACCUCCAAGAUCAUCUCCAACUGAGGCCCAAGUUCCGCGUCCAGGCUGCCACUUUGAACUCGCAGGUGGGGCGCUUGGCGAAGUUCGUGUCGGAAGGCGGAUUGCUGGGUUGGACAAGGGCGGCCCUGAGCGGUGCUGCUUGGCGUUACGCCUUCGAGUUCCUGAAAGACCGCACGGGGCCCGCGUCGAUGGCGGCCUCCCAGGUCUGCGCCUUCGUUCCGUCCGUCAGGAACGCGUCGAGUCCACCGGACUUGCAGUUCCACUUCCAGCCGCUGAGUACCACAGGUACGCCGGCUGUAUUCUUGGACACCUUCGAUGCUUUCACGGCGUCGGUCUGCAUUCUCAGGCCCGAGAGCCGCGGCCGCGUUGAGCUUCUCCCGGACGGAAGGCUCCGGAUCUCGCCCCACUACUUGUCAACGCCUGGAGAUGCCUCGCUGGCGGUGAAGAGCCUGGAGCUCGCCCGUGAGGUCUCCCGACAUCCGCUGCUGCGUGAAGUCGGUGCCCAGGAGGUGGAGAUUCCGGAGUCCUUGGAUGUGAACUAUGCCCGGGAGAUAGCUGAGACCAUCUACCAUCCCGCGGGAACAUGCAAGAUGGGACCCGACAGUGACGAGAUGGCAGUGGUGGAUCCCAUGCUGCGCGUGCAUGGAUUGCAGGGCCUGCGCGUAGUGGACUGCUCCAUCAUGCCCACGAUCACUUCGGGCAACACGCACGUGCCGACGGUCAUGAUCGCCGAGAAGGCCUCCGUGGCGAUGCUCUGA